ACCUGCCGCUGGGGAUGGAGACGCCGCCGCUGUGACCAGCGGCAGGAGCGCGAGAGCCCGGCCCGGCCCCCGCGCGCCGGGGCUAGCGCAGAGCAGCAGCAGCGGCGGCGGCGGCUACAGCAGCAGCAGCAGGGAUGAGCGGGAGCGCUGCCCCCGGGCCCGGCUCGGCCCCCUGCCGCUUCGCUCACUACUUCGUGGUGUGCGGGACCGACGCGGACAGCGGGCUGGAGCCCGACGAACUGGCCGUCUUAUACCAGUGGCUAGAAGCAGAUCGCCAUGGCAAGAGCUCAGAUACUGCAAACAGAACCUCAGGAGAAAACUUUGACCAGAGCCCCUUAAGAAGAACUUUCAAGUCCAAAGUUCUGGCACACUAUCCUCAGAAUAUAGAGUGGAACCCCUUUGAUCAAGAUGCAGUGAACAUGCUGUGCAUGCCUAAAGGGCUAUCUUUCAGGACCCAGAUGGACAACAGAGACCCGCAGUUCCACUCAUUUAUAAUCACCAGGGAAGAUGGUUCUCGUACUUAUGGAUUUGUGCUCACUUUCUACGAGGAGGUCACAAGCAAGCAAAUUUGUACAGCCAUGCAGACGCUUUACCAAAUGCACAAUGCAGAGCAAUACAGCAGCGUCUAUGCCUCCUCUUCUUGCAGCAUGGACUCUCUGGCAAGCAGCAUUGAUGAAGGAGAUGCCACUUCCCUGGCCAAGCUCCAGCAGUACAACUCGUAUGACAUCAGCAGAGACACAUUAUAUGUAUCCAAAUGUAUAUGUCUCAUCACUCCUUUGCCCUUCAUGAAGGCCUGCAAGAAGUUCCUUAUCCAGCUUUACAAGGCAGUUACCUCUCAGCAACCCCCACCUUUACCGCUGGAGAGCUAUAUCCAUAACAUUCUUUACGAAGUGCCCCUUCCACCCCCAGGGAGGUCACUGAAGUUCUAUGGGGUUUAUGAGCCUAUCGUUUGCCAGAGACCUGGACCCAGUGAACUUCCGCUGUCUGACUACCCUCUUCGAGAAGCCUUUGAGCUGCUGGGAUUGGAAAACCUUGUCCAAGUUUUUACGUGUGUUCUCCUGGAGAUGCAGAUUCUUCUGUAUUCACAAGAUUAUCAGCGUCUGAUGACAGUAGCAGAGGGGAUCACCACACUGCUGUUCCCAUUUCAGUGGCAACAUGUAUAUGUUCCAAUCCUUCCUGCCUCUCUCCUGCAUUUUCUUGAUGCUCCUGUCCCUUACCUGAUGGGUCUUCAGUCCAAAGAGGGAACUGACCGUUCCAAGCUAGAACUUCCUCAAGAGGCUAACUUGUGCUUUGUGGAUAUUGAUAAUCAUUUCAUAGAGCUGCCAGAGGAAUUUCCCCAGUUCCCGAACAAACUGGAGUUUAUUCAGGAAAUCUCUGAGGUUCUCCUUCAGUUUGGAAUCCCUCCGGAGGGUAACCUGCACUGCAGUGAGAGUGCCACCAAACUCAAGAAUCUUGUCCUUAAUGACUUGGUCAAUGACAAGAAGAACGGAAAUAUACCCAGUAACACCAUCAACAUGUAUGAGUUGCUAAAAGGCAAUGAAACCAUCGCCCGUCUGCAGGCUCUAGCAAAGAGGACGGGAGUGACGGUAGAAAAAAUGACCAUCACAGCUCCUAUGGCAGAGAAAGAAAGGGACGUAAAACUGCAGUGCGAAGAAGAGGAGCUGAGGGACUAUAAACUAAAUGUGCAGCUUCGUGAGGUCUUUGCCAACCGCUUCACUCAGAUGUUCGCAGAUUAUGAGUCCUUCGUCAUUCAAGCCGCACAGGAUAUGGAGUCAUGGCUGACAAACAGGGAACAGAUGCAAAACUUUGACAAAGCUUCUUUUCUGUCGGACCAGCCUGAGCCUUACCUGCCAUUCCUCUCACACUUCAUUGAAACCCAGAUGUUUGCAACCUUCAUAGAUAAUAAGAUUAUGUCCCAGUGGGAAGAGAAGGACGCGUUUCUGCGGGUGUUUGACUCCAGAAUUGAGAAAAUUAGACUGUAUAACGUAAGGGCUCCUGCACUGCGGACAUCUAUAUACCAGAAAUGCAGCACUUUAAAAGAAGCAGCCCAAUCCAUUGAACAGCGGCUAAUGAAGAUUGAUCAUACUGCCAUCCACCCACACUUACUUGAUAUGAAAAUCGGUCAAGGCAAAUACGAACAAGGGUUCUUCCCAAAGUUGCAAUCAGAUGUGCUGGCGACAGGACCUACCAAUAACAAUCGGUGGGCCAGUCGAAGUGCCACAACACAGCGCAGAAAAGAUCGCCUUAGACAACAUUCAGAACAUAUUGGACUGGACAAUGAUUUAAGAGAGAAAUACAUGCAGGAAGCAAGGAGUUUGGGGAAAAAUUUAAGGCAACCCAAACUCUCAGACCUUUCUCCAGCCGUAAUUGCCCAGACAAACUGGAAAUUUGUGGAAGGGUUACUGAAGGAAUGUCGCAUGAAGACUAAACGUAUGUUGGUAGAGAAGAUGGGCCGUGAAGCAGUAGAGCUGGGACAUGGAGAGGCCAACAUAACAGGUCUGGAAGAAAAUACAUUGAUUGCUAGUCUUUGUGACCUGUUGGAAAGGAUCUGGAGCCAUGGUCUACAAGUCAAACAGGGGAAAUCUGCUUUGUGGUCCCAUUUGCUUCAAUACCAGGAAAGAGAAGAGAAGCAAGAACAUAUGGCAGAGUCCCCGGUUGCCCUGGGCCUGGAAAGAAGGAAGUCUGACACAGGAAUUACAUUACCUACACUGAGAGUCUCACUUAUUCAUGAUAUGAGGCAUAUUCAGAACAUGAGUGAGAUAAAGACUGAUGUGGGUCGAGCUCGAGCAUGGAUAAGGUUGUCUCUUGAAAAGAAGCUUUUGUCUCAGCACCUAAAGCAGCUUCUCUCUAACCAAGCACUCGCUAAGAAACUUUAUAAGCGUUAUGCUUUCUUACGCUGUGAAGAAGAACGAGAGCAGUUCCUCUACCACCUUCUUUCACUCAAUGCUGUGGAUUACUUCUGCUUCACAAGUGUCUUCACCACAAUCAUGAUUCCAUACAGGACUGUGAUAAUCCCGAUCAAAAAACUAAGCAAUGCAAUCACCACAUCAAACCCAUGGAUUUGUGUUUCAGGAGAACUAGGAGAUACAGGAGUAAUGCAGAUUCCUAAAAAUCUUCUAGAAAUGACAUUUGAGUGCCAGAAUUUAGGAAAGCUAACAACUGUUCAGAUUGGUCAUGACAACUCAGGAUUAUUAGCCAAGUGGCUGGUAGAUUGCGUCAUGGUGAGAAGUGAAAUCACAGGACACACAUACAAGUUCCCAUGUGGACGUUGGCUGGGGAAGGGAGUUGAUGAUGGCAGUCUGGAGAGAAUUCUUAUUGGAGAAUUGAUAACUUCAACGUCAGAUGAAGAUCUUGGGAAGCAGUGCCGUACCCCCCCUCAACAGAAAUCCCCAACUACAGCUCGCAGAUUGAGUAUCACCUCCCUUACAGGAAAAAAUACAAAACCUAAUGCAGGGCAGAUCCAAGAAGGAAUUGGGGAAGCUGUGAACAAUAUUGUGAAACAUUUUCACAAGCCAGAGAAAGAGAGAGGCAGUCUUACCAUUCUGCUAUGUGGUGAAAAUGGCCUGGUUGCAGCACUGGAGCAGGUCUUCCACCAUGGAUUCAAAUCAGCUCGGAUUUUCCACAAGAACGUAUUCAUCUGGGAUUUCAUAGAGAAAGCUGUUGCUUACUUUGAAACCACUGACCAGUUUGGGGACAACGAAGAGGACGUCUUGCUUCAGAGAUCAUCCUGCAAAACAUUCUGUCACUAUGUAAAUGCGAUCAGUACUGCACCAAGGAACAUCGGGAAGGAUGGCAAAUUCCAAAUCCUGGUUUGCUUGGGGACUAGGGAUCACUUCCUUCCUCAAUGGAUUCCAUUGCUAGCAGAGUGUCCUGCCAUCACAAGGAUGUAUGAGGAGAACGCCCUUCUGCGGGACCGCAUGACAGUGAAUUCCCUCCUCAGAGUCCUACAGACAUUACAAGAUUUCAACAUCAUCCUAGAAGGGUCACUCAUUAAAGGAGUGGAUGUUUAGCAUGGCUUUGAUGAGAACUUCAUUAUUUCUCUGCUAAGCAAGCAAACAAAAAUUGAGGACCUGUUAGAACUUGAAUGCUGCGGUAGUGCAUCACUGUAAAGCGGAGCACCCUGUUAUCGGGUGGGAGUGGGAAACCCAGAUUACACCAGAUUCAGGACUGUUCUUAAAGCUGCAGACAAGCUAAAAUGCGGUAUUGUAGUUUAUUUGAAACAGAAUAAAAUAGAGUAUUUUCAUGUGUUAGAUGUAUGUAAAUAUGCUAUCUUCUUUAAGAAAUUAUAUUACUCUUAAACUUUUCUUAGACAAUGUUCUCGUGCUGAAAAUAAGUAGCUUAAAACCGUGGGACAGCUGUGGGGGUUGUGGGGAGAGAUGUUGCUGCUUGAUAGCAAGGAAGAAGCCAGUCAAUGUGUAAAUACAAUGCAAACUCAGCAGGGCUUUUUUCAGGUGUUGCAAAAACACAGCAAGUAUCAAUAUGUAGCUACUGCUAUCAUCUCAUUCUUGGAAACGUUGUGAAUGUAUACUGUUUACCCUACUGUACACUGUUUCCCUUAUUUUAUGUUUUAAAGCUCCAAGCCCCUCCAUGCAUAUAAGCUGAGAGUUGUCAUAUUUAAGAUCUUUUGUGUAAUUUUUAUCAAUCAGCACAAGGUGAGGUGCAAAUGAAAUGUUUAAACACUGGGCAUGAGGAAUUGUUGAACCUCCAAGAAAACCCACCAGGACCUGAUACCUGUUUUUAAAAAAUCCAGUACAGCACCAGGCUAUAUUUGGAAAAUAUCAAUAACUUGAUUUGUCAUUUUGUCCCUCUUCUGUCUGGGUUUUGUUCAGAUGUUUUUUUCCCCCUGUCUGCGUUUGUACUGUGGAUGAUGACAUAUGCUUCAAGAAGAGGUUGUGUCUGCUUCUAUAGGUUUGUUGAAUAACUUGGUUCAGAAGAUGAACCAAGCUCUGUUUCUGUUAUGUUGCUGUAGAACCACAAAUACUGACUUUGCUGUGCUACAGGACUGUUUCAACCAGUUGUAAAAUACUGGCAAGUUACUAGUCUUCCUUUAUCCUGGGGCGUAAGUGUUCCUGGGAGGCACAGGAUCGCUUUGGUUUUGAAUAAUUCAGCUAUAGAAAAGAAGUGAGGCAAGGGGAAUUGGUGUCAAGGCUUCUGUCUCAUACUGUUUCAAACUAAUAAUGUGUUAAAGAAACACACAUGUCACAGGCACAGAACUCGGAGAAACUGGGAGCUGCUGAAGUUCCACAUGCUAAAAUAAAAACUAAAUCAGUUGGGGGAUAGCAUGCAGCAAAUAUCUGGGAUGUCAUUCAGUUUUCCUUCCACUGAGAUUUGAUUUAUGCAAAGCUGGGGGCAUGUUAACUCAGCCAUUAGCCACCUUUGGAGAUGGGUUUGAAAUCCUUUUAUUUCACUGGUUUAAUCAAUUUGAUCACAAUUUAUUCUUCAGUGGAUGCCUGGGGACAUCACACAGCUUGGUAUACAUAGCAGUAUUUGCUUUGGAGAGGCCCUUACUAAAAUAACAGAUUACAUUGUAGGUCAGAACUGCAUUGCAUUACAAAAGAUUUUGGCUGAAUCUUGAACAUUGCUUUUUGUUAUGUCUGGGAAGCUAGAGUGUCCCCCAAAUAAAUAUAAUGGAGAGGAACAAGAUCCAGAGAAAGGGCUUAGAAAUCAUGUCUUUCUUUCCUGCUUGUACGUUGCCACCUUCAGAACAGUAUUAGAAAAUUGGCUUUUUAGUCACUGCCAGCCUGUAGACAAGGUUUAAUAUCUCCAGUGAGCUAUGGUGAGGUAGGAUGAGGGUGGUGCUCCUUCAAAGUAUUUGAAAAAAAUUAAGGAUAAGGGCAGGCUGAGGGAGAUGGAGGCAAAAUGAAAAUUGGAUAAUACAAAAGUAUUAAGUAUUGAUAGAAAGGAGAUGGCACGCUUUUGGGAAUGAUGGCAGUGUAAAGCACUGUAGAGGAUAUCUGCAACAGAAGGAUUCACGUCACAGGCUGCUGAAGGUCAUGCAUGUUGUGACGGUGGUAUACUCUCUCCUUCUGUAAGCUAGUAAGAAACAUCCACUCUGCUACUGCCCUCCAGCUGGGCAGUUCUUGUAAUAGAUUCAUUUUGGUGUCAGAAAGGAAGUUCCACCCCAUAUCUCCUGGACAGAUGAAAAGCAGUCAGAUGGCAUCCAUCUUAUUUGAAGAAAGGGUUGUAGUGUAUAAAUAGAAAAGUGCUGACCAAAAGCAGGGAGUCUAGAAAGAUAUAAGGAUCUCAUCCGGACUAUACCGGUCUGUGCUCAGCAGAGCUAUUUCAGUAUCUGAACAUUUAUGUGCAAAACAAUCACUAUACUGACAUGCUAUUCAAAUUGCUAUCUUCAACCCUUGAGGUUGUCAUGGGAGAGGUUCUGUGUUGCUUCUUGAUUUAACCAAGGCAGAGCUUUUACCAAAUUGAAGCUGUUCAGAAUCCAUGAAUUUGCUCUUGCUUGAAUUGACCAAUGCCAUCCAAAACAUUCUAUGCAGGAUGGCAGUAUCAAUAUUGGAAUUAUGGAGAACAGAUUUGGGGGGCUAUGAACAAUGCAGAGGGUUUGUACCAAAAGUCCACAUCUGUACAUCUUCAGAAGGGUGUAUUUUGGGAUGGCCACGCCACUCCAGUUAAAGUCAAUAGGCGAUAUGGCCAACAACUGAAAAUUCAAAAAUUGACUUUUUGAAUGAAUUAUAAACUAAGUAUCAUAAUCCAUACAGCACUAUUAGGUGAUAUUGAGAACUUAGAAAGUUUUAAUUUUCAUUAUUUGCAAAUCAAUUUUAUAUCCUAUAAUUAGUAUUAAAGUUCCCUGCCACCUGACAUCCCAAUCUUCUAAAUGAUCUUCAUUACACCAUGAAAAAUUAUCCAUUUUGUCAUUGAUCUGUUGGCUUUUUGCAUGUGGAUUAUAUUUCCUUUCCAGAGGAAUCUGCAUUCUGGUAGUUGUGCUUUGUUUUUCUAAAUACUUAUAGCUGAUGAAGGAAGGUAGCCGUGACACUGGGCCACAAGGAAAUUAAGUGGAAAAUAUAUGUGGCUUAGGGUAGAAAUGAAAAUGGAGGCAUCCUUAAAGGGCAGGCAUAGAGGGCAAGGACUGUCCACAGAGGGCAAGUAUGAGAGGAAAAGGACUUCUUAGUCUUUUUAAUCUAAAGAAUAAAUCAAAACUUGACUAAUUUAAAACUUUUAUAAGGGAAAAUCCAUAUUUAAGUAGAUGUAAAAACCCAUGGUAUUUAACUUGAUAUAUAACUUCACAUGGAAAACGUUAACUUAUGGGACACAUUUAUUUUGUCAAGUUUCAUACCACAUGAAUGAUAUGGGAAGAAUAUUAUGUCUAAAAUUCCCUUGUAUGUAGUAAAAUACUGUAGGUGCCCUAAGCUAAGGUAUUUUGAAGCAUGAGGCACAGCUGAGUGCCUCUCAUCCCUAACACACUAGUUACUUGACAUCCUUGGGGGUAUGGUUCUUUGCAAUGAGAUUUUAUUCUUUCAUUUAUUUAUUAUUUUUAGUAGAUUACUUUGAUAAUUGGAAACCGAGUAUUUUUUUCUGUGAGGUCUACAGAAAUCAUUCUAGCCCUUUAGAAUGGUGAGAAGCCAAUCAGGAUUCUCUUAAGCUAACACAAUUUAUACUUCAGUAUUAAAGCACCUUCAUUGGUUGAGAAAUGGAAUCUUGGGAAAGACCAAAGCCCUCUGGCACCUAUUUUUACAAAGCAAACUCUUUAACCAAAUUUUGCCUGUUUCUAGUGUCUGAGUUCUGCAUAGUAUUAUUACAGUAACAUUCAGUAUACUAGCUUGAAAGAGUCAGAAAAUCAAAUGCAUCACUGAGUCUCUAUAAAACAUGUAUUUAUAUUUCUCUGAAACUAACUGGAUUCCAUUGUGUUCAGUGAAAAAUCUGUUUAUUCUGAGCUGACAUUUGUAAUUAGUUUAUUUGUUCAAAAUGAUUCUCUUUAAAGUAGUUAUGUGAAGGCAUAUUUAAGAAAUUUCUGUCUUUCAGUCAAAUGAAGGUGUGAAUCUCAUAGGGAAAUGUUCUAUGUUACACUUGAAAUGUACAAAUGUGCCCUGUAUAGUUUAAAAAAAAAAAAAAAAAACCUGUCUCCAUAGUAAGUUGAUUAUUAUUAUUUGUCUUUACAUUAUUAUUAACUGAAUCAGAACUGGAUUAUUUUCAGAAAGAAAUUAGUAAAAAGUAUUGUUAUAUCAAGCACUUUAACAUAUCAUAAACUGACAUCAGUUUUUCAGGUUUUGGAGUACAUUUAAAUACAGCUUUUCAUGCUAUGUUCUUUACAAAUAAAACUGUGAAAAUAA